AAAACCAAUGCGGUUGUGGGCUGACAUGUCAUUUGAGCUUAAAGAAGGACGGGGCAAACUUGAGACAGGAGUUGGGAAGGACUGACUUGGAGCUUGUGAGCUUUUUAAAGAAAUCAGUGGAGAUCCCUGAGAGCUGUGUGUGGUUGGGGGUGUGUUCCUGUGUAUUUGGGCGAAAGCCAUAGGAACUUUACUUCCAUAGCGUGAUCCUACAGCUGCCAGUCAGUCAUCAGGCGUUUGUGUCAACAGGAAGAAUGCUAGAACAUUGCCUCACAUUUGGUCGCUCCCUUGUGAGGAGGAAGAAUGUGGACCAGGGCUGUCUGGAGGAGUCCAAGCUGUGCCGCUGCCUCUCCACUGUUGAUCUCAUUGCUCUGGGGGUUGGAAGCACACUGGGGGCCGGUGUCUAUGUGCUUGCUGGAGAGGUGGCCAAAGGCAGUUCUGGUCCCAGCAUCGUGGUGUCCUUCCUCAUCGCUGCAUUAGCAUCUGUGAUGGCUGGUUUGUGCUAUGCUGAGUUUGGUGCCCGGGUACCCAAAACGGGCUCUGCAUAUCUGUACAGCUAUGUGACGGUAGGGGAGCUCUGGGCCUUCAUCACCGGUUGGAACCUCAUUCUGUCAUACGUCAUAGGCACCUCCAGUGUGGCACGUGCCUGGAGUGGAACAUUUGAUGAGAUUAUAGGGGGUCACAUUGAAAAGUUCUGCAAAAUGUACUUCAAAAUGAGUUUGCCGGGCCUGGCAGAGUAUCCGGAUUUCUUUGCUGUUUGCCUGAUCUUACUUCUGUCAGGUCUUCUCUCCUUCGGAGUGAAGGAAUCAGCCUGGGUCAACAAAAUCUUCACAGCUGUAAACGUGCUUGUGCUCAUGUUCGUUAUCAUCUCUGGAUUUGUCAAAGGAGACUCUCUUAAUUGGAACAUAUCAGAGGAAUCACUCAUAAAUAUCACAGUUGUCAAAAGAAACAUCUCAAGUGCUGCUAAUGUCACCAGCGAUUAUGGGGCGGGAGGCUUUUUUCCGUAUGGAUUUGGCGGGACACUGGCUGGUGCGGCUACAUGCUUUUAUGCCUUUGUGGGAUUCGACUGUAUUGCAACCACAGGUGAAGAGGUGAAGAAUCCCCAGAGGGCCAUUCCCAUUGGUAUAGUGGUUUCCCUUCUGGUCUGCUUCCUUGCCUACUUUGGUGUUUCAGCAGCCCUCACCCUCAUGAUGCCCUACUAUCUGCUGGAUGAGAAGAGCCCUCUACCUUUGGCUUUUGAAUAUGUAGGCUGGGGGCCUGCGAAAUAUGUAGUUGCAGCGGGAUCGCUUUGUGCUCUUUCAACCAGUCUGCUGGGCUCCAUUUUCCCAAUGCCGCGUGUAAUCUAUGCUAUGGCACAGGAUGGGGUGCUUUUCAAAGUGUUAGCCCAAAUCAAUCCUAAGACGAAGACCCCUCUUAUUGCAACAAUGUCUUCAGGUGUAGUUGCAGCUAUCAUGGCUUUUCUGUUCGACUUGAAAGCGCUGGUGGAUAUGAUGUCUAUUGGAACAUUGCUGGCUUAUUCCCUUGUGGCUGCUUGUGUUCUUAUACUCAGAUAUCAGCCAGAUGCUUCGUUUGAGAGGUCUAGGAUCAGUGAAGGGAAGGAGGAGGUCGGCGAGUCUGAACUGACAGAGUCUGAGUCUCAUCUGAACAUGCUGAAGGAUGGAGGAGUAACGCUGCGCUCUCUGCUCCAUCCUCCCCUGCUGCCCACUGAAAACACCUCCAGUGUGGUCAACGUGUCUGUGAUCAUCACAGUGCUGGUUGUGUGUGUUGUGAGCACACUGAACACAUACUAUGGACAGGCCAUUAUUGCAAUGGAGCUUUGGGCACUGGGAGUUUUAGCCGCAUCGCUGUUCAUCUUCAUCAUAUGUGUCCUUCUUAUUUGUAGACAACCUCAAACGAGGAAGAAAGUUUCUUUUAUGGUUCCUCUUUUGCCCUUUCUCCCCAUCUUGAGUAUAUUUGUCAAUGUGUACCUCAUGGUUCAGCUCAGCGGAGACACGUGGAUCCGUUUCUCCAUCUGGAUGGCCAUAGGUUUUCUUAUCUAUUUCGGCUAUGGAAUGUGGCACAGUGAUGAACGCAAGCGGCAUCUGCAGAACUGUGCUGUCGCGACAGAGAAAAAGACACUGACCGGAACUGAAGGUUUUGUGGAGAACAAGACACACACAGAGAAGACCAGCCCAUGUUAAAGAGCAGAAGACCAACUCUCACUUUAACUAUAGCUGUUAUUCACAGCGUUGACCAGCCGGCUGACAGACGUAAGCUCGGUGUUUUCAGUCACUGCCGUCAUGAACAAUUACUGAAACACUUCUCACUGCUGAUGCGAGCUUAUAAUGUAGUACAGUAGGUAAUUAGGGGAGUACGAUCUGACAAAUCCAAUGCUUCGAUUAUAUAAAUGAUCCUAAAUAUAAUGGAAAUCAAUAUAAACUGCAUUUGACUUAUAUUCAUGGUAGUUUAAGAUAAUAAUGAAUAGUGACCAAAUGAUUUUUGUACUUGAAUUUCUCAUCGCAAUAUUAAGACAUUUUUUAAAUAGCAUUGAAGGGUUGUCAAAUAUUUACAAUCCCUGGAAGACAAACCUCAGUGUGUGAGCGAUUUGAUUUCAGUGUUUGGAUGAGAAAGGGAAAGCUUGUGGCUUUUUUCCAUUACAAAAAAGUAUUAUGAUUUCUGCAGUCAGUCUCUCAAGAUUACUUCCAUUGUAAAAGUAAAAAAACAAUAAUAAUAUGUUUUUUACAGUAUUCUUAGUUGGGACAAAUGUGUAAUAAAGUUUCCUUAUUGAAUACUGUGGGAUAUUAACACUAAAAAUAUCUGUAAAUGGACAGUUUUCCAUAUUUUGUGAUUCAUGUCUCCCACACACACACACUUAUUUAUGCUUUUUAAUUGCAUUAUUGGACCUUGAUCUUUCCUCCAAAAGAUUUUGAUGAAAAUUUUACAAUAAAAAGUCAGUAAAAGUCACUUUGGUAAACUGUAGAAUUGAAUUUUCAACAUAAAAAGUGGACAGAGCAGAGAUAAAACUCCCAUAAUGCAAUUCACAACCGUAAACAAACGGAAAACAACAGAUAAUUAAUUAACAGAUAUUUUUUUCAGUGCAGAUAAUGGUCUAACUUUGUUUUAGAAUUAAUUCUAUUGACUACAUCUUUCUGAAUGUACCAGAGAUGUUAAGCUGCUCAGAUAACACUAUUUCAUGCUUUCUGGUAUUGAACACUAGUUCCUUAUUUUUACCCAGUUACAUGUAUUAGCACUGAAUGUUUGACAGGACAUUCUACAGUAUUCAUACAGUAGGUCACUCUGUUGUUUAACAACCAAAAGGUUUGAAGACGUUGAAGAGGACAUGUUAUCAGUGUUUUGUCUUGUACAGUUUCGUUUAUUCACUUUGAUUUCUUUCUAUAUUUGUUUACUUCACAGAGAGACUUUCAUUUUGUUUUUGACGAAUAAUAAUCGUUUGCUGUCGUCGUUAGAAACAAUCUGUUUAAUUCGUUUAAUGAUGGAAAGUGUUUCUUCUGCUAACUAAUGCUCUUCUGUGGUGGCACUAAUGCAUGAAUGUAUUAGUUUCUUUACAUUUGCUUGUGUAUAGUUGUUUUAAACUUUUUUAGUGAUGGAAGUAAAGUGUGGAUUACGCCAUUGUCCUAACAUUGCAGAGUGGUUUCAUACAAAGCAAUAAAAGAUUUCUUUUUUUAAACAAA